CAUGUUGUAUCCGCGGGGGAUUGGAGAGCGUACGGAACAGAGUCUGGCUCCAGUCCGGAGUACACGGCGGGGUUCGCGGGCUUGAACUCGUGUGGGUUUCACAACACAGAUUCACACUCCUCGUCAUGAGCCGUCCGUCCUCUGCGGGUGGUGCGGCCGGAGGACUCGGAGCCGGUAAAGCAGGAGGAAGUAAGCAUGGAGGCUCUGGAGGAACAACCGCCUCCUCCGCGGCUGCCGCCGCCGCUGCAGCAGCAGCAGCAGCCGCGGGGGUGUCCGGCUCUGUCGCGGGCUCCGGCUCGGUCACCGCGGCCGCUGUAGCCCUUCCAACGGCUACCCUACCGGGACAGUCAGCCGAGCUGACAGCGCUGUUUGAGUGUCCGGUGUGUUUCGACUAUGUUCUGCCUCCGAUACUGCAAUGCCAGGCAGGGCACCUGGUUUGUAACCAGUGUCGCCAGAAGCUCAGCUGUUGCCCGACCUGUCGAGGCCCGCUCACACCGAGCAUACGGAACCUGGCCAUGGAAAAGGUAGCAUCUACUCUGCCGUUUCCGUGUAAGUAUGCCUCGGCCGGAUGUCUGCUGUCUCUCCACCACACCGAAAAGCCGGAGCACGAGGAGGUGUGCGAGUUCCGCCCGUACACCUGCCCCUGCCCGGGGGCCUCCUGCAAAUGGCAGGGCUCCCUGGAGGCCGUCAUGCCACAUCUCAUGCACGCCCACAAAUCCAUUACCACCUUACAGGGGGAGGACAUUGUCUUUCUGGCCACAGACAUCAACUUGCCGGGGGCUGUGGACUGGGUCAUGAUGCAGUCGUGCUUCGGCCACCACUUCAUGCUGGUUUUAGAAAAGCAGGAAAAGUACGAAGGACAUCAGCAGUUCUUCGCCAUCGUGCUGCUCAUUGGCACGAGAAAGCAGGCGGAGAACUUUGCUUACCGCCUCGAGUUGAACGGCAACCGCAGGCGGCUCACGUGGGAGGCCACGCCACGGUCCAUUCACGAUGGUGUGGCUGCGGCCAUCAUGAACAGUGACUGUCUCGUAUUCGAUACCUCUAUCGCCCACUUGUUUGCCGACAACGGCAACCUGGGUAUCAAUGUCACAAUCUCCAUGUGCUGAGGUUGGUGUGUCAUCUCAGAAUAUAGCUUUUCCAGCUAUCGAAACCCUGGACAACUGCUGCUCCCGAUCAGACAAGAAGGUUUGAAGUCAGCGGGUGGGAGAUGUAUACAUUUUGUGUAUAUUUCUGUUCAAGACUCAUCCGCUCGAACAACGCACACUGAAGUUUCACUUGUAGGUUAGCAUGCUAGAUGGAUGACAGGAGUUUUUGAGUUUAAGAGAGGUGUGGCAAAGUGUGCAGGUGCUGGUGCAGUUCAGGUUUUCUGUUGGACGCUCCAUGGACACCAUGACCUGAACACUCAUCACUGUCUGAUCACACCCACAGCCGGUUUUGGCUGUGUACAACAGACUUGAAAGUUCUCCGUCAUGCCCAAAACCACAAGAUCUUGUGACAAGAAAUCAGGAUCAUCUGAUCCAUCAGGCCUCAGAGAUGGAGAUGUGCAACUUGGGGCACAGUCUAAGCACGAGGGUGUAACAUUUGUCUCGGAAGGUUCCCCCCAGAUUGCCUGAUGGCACCAUGAUAAUUGUACAUGGCAAUGUAAAUGGCAAUCUUCUGGAUUUCAUGUUUGUCGAAUAUCGUUAUGAAACAGUGCCCAGUGUGCGCGGUGGAAAUAAAAUUUACUUGCAAAAGGCCUGUAUAGCCACCAUGUUUAGAAUCUGAUCUCUUGAUUUCUUAUUUGAGCUUAGAUCUUUUUAUAAACGUCUUUGCUAUCAUUUGUGAAACUUGCAAUAUAGAGCUGGUUCAAAUCUCAGUGAGCAAAUCAUUAGCUACAUGACAGAACUACAGCCAACUUUUUCAAAUCUUCUAAUACCCAUCAUCUGGUCAUUAAUGCCACAUCACAAAUAUGGUUAUAUUGUGUUUGAUACUUGAUUUGUUUGUUCCGUACCACUUUGGCUUUUAAGUGUAUGUUGUCCCGUCACCAGUGACUGCAUGUAAACAAUGUUGUCUUGUUUAGUGUGUUUACUUUCUCUCUUUUUAUCAGAGGUUGUAAAUAUACCAGCAAAUCCGGUUUUGUUGAUAUUUGCUAUUAUUAUGUCUCUUCCAAUCUGAUCGUUUAGUCUAGACUGAACUUUUGUUUAUUCGAGUUCUUUUCAAAAUCCACCAAGAAGCGAGCAAUUGUUUACUCGCUCCUUUGGUCAGCAAACCCACAAUGCCUUGUUUGUAAACUCCGUCUUUCAAGGUCUGCCUUCUUUCAGGACUUUGUCUCAAAUUCAGGUCACAGUCCAAACCUCCAGUGUCUUGAAAGGACUCGAAAGAGACUUAAAGUGGUUUUAAUGGGUUGGAAGGACAUUACACACUCACCGGUCAACUUAUUUGGCCCUGCUGGGGUUGUUGUAGGUACACUGUUUAACAGAAGUACAUAACCAACAGAGUCUUCAAUGAAAUACCUCUGAUGUCUGUGUGAGAACAGCAAUGAUAUCCCUGAAUACGGGUGGUUGCAUGAAGAGAUCCCAAGUUUGAUGCACAACUUAACACCCUCAGCUCUUUCUCUGUCUGCGACUGAAAUGUUUUAUACACGUUAUAGAGGAAAUGUAUUCUGCUUUGUUGACAAAUUUGUACAUGAAAUGGACCCAUUGAAAAAUAUAUAAAUGUUGAGCUCAUGCGCUCUGGUCAGUGUCUAUAGUCCACACUCUCUCGUCCCUCAUGCUGGUGCUCUCCACAUACAGCUGUCAUGGCAACAAAAUAUGCUAAUGAGAAAUCUAGCUCAUUCAUUCCAAGCAGAAAAUUCUUGUACUUUUAUUGAAUUCUCAAAUUCAAAUCAUGUUUUGAAGCUUUUUACAUUACCGUAAUGAAAUGGUAAAUGGUUUUAGUCCACAUGGAUCAUUCCACUUGAAAUUUGUAGAAAUAGUGUAAAAUGAGUGGUGUAAAAUGCACUUUCAGUGUGCUGUAUGACAAAAGCAGACGUGUGCUAAACAGGAUCGAGUAACGAUUAUAAAGUAACGACUAUAAAGAGUAACGAUUUUGUUUUGAAAGCAAUCUGCAAAAAAAGGAACGAAAUAACCAAUGGAAUUCAAAGGAAAUACAGUAAAAUACAAUACAUUCAGUUUUGAUCUAUUUAUGACUACCCACUAUGGCUGUGUGACAGACAAGAUAUUGUUUGUUAAAACAAAGCACCAACCAUCUGUCCCUUAAACAGAAGUGAACUCAAAACUGAAUAAAUGCAUGUUAAUGAAGUGAGCAGGUGGUCUCCAGAGCCGUGUGCCGUGCCUCACAAUCAAGCCAUCAGGAUCAAUAUUGUGUAGCACAUCCUAAUGAACUCAUGAAUACGAGUUAUGAGAAACAACUUCCUGUAAGGACUAGAAUACUUGUAGAAUACGUGUGUGAUGGUUAAGUGGUGAGCCUCAUCCAGUAUUUCCUGUGGCCACCCAAUGUUGGUCCAUUAACAUGCAUAACUCCCUAAUAGAGUUCUUUCAAAUUAUGUUACGAAAGGACUGUGGUAAUAAGAUACUUUUUUGUAAAAUAUGGGUUUUAGAAAACAUGGAACAAUACAGUUUUUUACUAAAACCACAGCUAUUGCAAUAACAUUUACUGUAAUGUAGAAGACUUGGAUAUCUUAGCAAAAUCUACCAUUAUUUUCUGUUUUAGAUGGGGAUUUUUAAACGAUGAUUUUACAGAGGACAUUUAAAAAGUCAUUUUAUUUGUAUAACUUCACUUUUUGGUUUAUUUCGGUAAAUACUGUGAUAGUCAAGACACUAAAACCCAAAGAUUGCUUUUAAAAAAAAGAACAUUACACUGGCUAAAUAUCAAUAAGACUGCUUACAUUUACAGAAGACCGCUACAUCCAAAGACCAGAUGACGUAAGGGAGCUGUUUAUAUUUUAGACGCAGGUAAUGUCCCAUUAAGAACCGAUGUGAACAUCUGUAUUUUUAAUAGUGGAAUCACAACAUGGUUAAUGACAUCAGUCAAGGUUAAAUUCAGUGCAAACAAAAAUUUGACCUUUAACCUUAAGUAUGGAUGUGUAAUGUCUGAAAAAGAUUCCUGAUUGGCCAAUUAUGGAUCAUUUAAUUGGCAAUGAAGUUAACAACUAAAGGCUAUAACAGGUUUCCUAGGUGAUCCCUUUUGUUCUAACUGUAAAUAAUGUUUUGCUAAAAUCAAUUAUUUUAAAAAUAACAAGAAUAGCUCUGGUUUAUGACUAAUGAAUUCUGUGUCUAUUUAUUCAGAGUAUACCUGUGUAGUUCCGUUUCAUCUUUUGCUUGUUUAUUCAAUAUGUUGAUGUGGCUAUAGAUUAUUUGACAUAUUAGAAAUGGAAAAAUGCUGUUGUUUCCUGUCGAGCAGGUAUAAUUUGGUUUGAUGUAAAAAAAAUCUUUUUCUACUAAACAUCUGUCCUUACCUAAAUGUCUUUAAUAGUUUUUCAACUGAGCUCUAUAAUGGUUGGUGUACUUUGAUAGCAUCAUCUUGAUUUUUUGGAAACGUUUUCAGUGUUCACUUUUUGGUCUUUGUACCAUUUAAAUUCAAAUAAAGUUUAUU